UACCAUUGUGGAAUAAAAUCCCUUAUUGUUUGCCGUAUAAAAAUGCAUAAAGAUAAAUGAUACGAAGAUUAUAGCUUGUUCCUAAUUUUUAUUGUUAGUAUUGUUUUGCUGUUAUUUGUAUUUUCAAUAAAGGUUAAUAAAAUCUGAGCUAGAAAGAUAAAUAGAAGCAUGCACACCAAAUAAAUUUAUAAUAAAAUUAAAACUGUCAAUUCAAAUCUAAAGUUAAGAACAUAAUUUGUAAACAGUUAGGUACACUACACAAUACACUCUUCAAAUGCUGCAUGGGGCAAAUUUACGAGUCUUGUCGCGAGAUGGAGAAAGGACCACGAAUAGAGAAAGGAAAAGGAGGUAUAAUAGGGAAAAGGUUUAGCUACUGGGUUCGGUAUUGUAGAUAGCUCUCUUUUCCACAUCGUUCGUCAACACGUUAAGACGUUGAGCUAAACCCUGUGAUACUUUUGAAAAAGUUACUGCACAAAUUAUCAGUGCACAUCCAUUCAGUGCUAUAGUGUGGAAAAUACCGUAUUUGCAUAAGCAGAAAGGAUCAGGACCCAAUAGCGCUUACCUAAAGUCGACUGGACACCAGGAGACACGUAAACCAGCUCCUAGUGGUCCUAGGGACGGUAGGACUCGUCCCCGAAGCUAACCUCGAAUAGGGACGUGAACCUUCCACAUUCUGGGCGACCCAACCCUAGUUUACCGCCAAGUCAACGGCAAAGGGGUGUCCAGUGCCCAGCGAGUUUCCAGAGUUUAAGCGAAUCCCCGGACGACCGACCAGAUACACCCGGAAGUCGACCUCCGACUGGUGUCCAUGAGGCCCGUCGAACCCUGUCUCCCGGUUCUACAGAUUCCUCGCAUCCCCUACCGCAGCUACUGCCGGCCGGCCAACUACACCACUACACCCAACCAUUGUAAGUUUAGCAUGAAUAAAAGACAGUUAAUGAUAGUUCUUUGUGUAUGCCUUGAUUGAUUUCUUGAUUAGCCAAACGUACGAAGCCGACCCGACCGUUAAAGGUCUCGAGCUCAAGCUUGCUGGCUCCUAGGUCUCUGUUAGGAAUCCGUCCCUCGAGGACGUGACAAUUGGCGCCCAACCUAAAAUUGAAGCUAAUCAAGGAUUCAACAUGUGCAACGUUUUUCUAUAGAGUGUGCAAAACAGGUUAGUUAGGUUACGGCAAGUGGUGAGGAUUGAGUGAGAUAAUGGUAACACUUUAGUUUCGGGGUAUCGUUACGGAAUUCAUUAAGCCAUUCUACUAGUGCGCGUACACUUACAAAAGUUGAAAUUCUUUGCGUCUUUGUACCAAACAGCGGGAGUAAGUUUGCGCAGAAGUGAAGAAAAUUAUUGGUUAUUGGGUCUUGAUUCUACCAAAUGAUCUGAACAACGAGUGUUUCGGAUCAAAACGAUUGAUUUUGAUUGAUUUGGUGAAUGAGUCUGCCGAGAACAAAUUUUCGAGGUGGAUCGAUUAAAUAGGAAUUUUCAAAACGCUGCUUCGCGAUAGCAUUACUAUUUUUUUCUCAAUUGCUUUCUAGUAAGCUAUCGGAUAUUAGUCUUUUUUCAAUUUUUUUUCCAUAAAAAUCCUUCGCGAGAACCAAAUAUAGAAUAAUUAAUUAAUAGUCAUAAUGGAUUUACGAAGGCUCUACAAGAUGAUGGAUGUGUCUCAUCUUUCCAUGGAUGAGGUUGAACACGAACUGCUAAUGCGGAAUAUGAUGUAUGGACUGGACGAGCAUGAGAGCAUUAAGCGGAGAAAGUUGAAAGAUAGGAUGAAGCAGGAGCGUGAAAAGAACAUUUUCGUAGCCGCUCCCAUUUGGAGAUCGGUUCCUGAAGAGAUUGAGAUUGUAAGGGCUAAGCUUUCAGUCAUCAGUGGAUUGUUAGACAAUCCGAGAGCCGACGCUCGUCAAAGAGAGAAGUUGUGCACUCGGUUGGUACAUUAUCGUGUCCGAAUCUACAUGAUUUUGAAGUCGCCGGGAGCAGAUAAACAUGUAAAUGAGAUUACGGAUCUGGGUAAACAGGCUAAACAGAUCUUCCGAAAACAUUUUCCUGAAAUGGAACCUGUUAGUGAGCUUCAACUUGAACCCGUUCGGUUAGAAUCGGAAAUUGAUCAAGCCUUAGAGGAAGUCAGAAGCGAAAUCGAAAUUCUUAACGUUACAGCUACGGGUAAUGAGGUAGAAGAGAAGGCCGUACAAACCGAAGCGCGCGGGGGUGUGAAAAAGAAAUCCAUUCAGUUUAAAAAGCAGGAAUUAGAAGCGUCAAUGAAGCGUUGUGAUGAGAUUCUGGGUGUGCUAACAGGAUACGAGGAAGGCAAGCAGGAAAGUGUGAAGGAUGUACUUCAUCACUUCAAAAAUUUUGUUCUUAAUACCACGCAGCAACAAAAAGAGAUGAGGGAAAGGGAAAUUGCUCUAGAAGAGAAACGAAUGAAAGAGGCUGAAGAGAAUAUUGAGCGUAAGAAGAGAUUAGAGAAGCUUUUGAUCACUCUGAAUGAUCAAAUUAAGGCAAAUCAGGAGAAUAUCAGUAGAAGUGUAGGAGAGGUACAGCUAGGAGAGAUCCCUGGAGGGGAAGCAACAUCAGAAGAACUCAAUUCCAGAGAUGAUCGUAUUUUGCAACCGACUAAGGCAGACGAAGCAACAGUUUCUAAAAUGCUGUCGUCGGAAGAGAGUAGUACAGAAUUGAGAGCAGAAAGGUCGAAAAAGAUAAAAUCGGUAAGAGAGAAGGAACAAGAGAAAAGAACGGGUGGGAGAAGGGAGAAAUCCCGACGGACCCUACCAGUGAAAUCUAGCAAAAAGCGUCACCGAAAGGUGAGCUUUUCUUCGAUUACGACGAGCACUAGCACGUCUAGUAGCUCACGCACAUCCAGUAGCUCAGAAGCUUCAACCGAUUCUUCCUCGGAAAGUUCUGCUAGUACGAGUGAAUCAGACGAACGUAGGAAGAAAAAGCACAAGAAGGUUAGGAAAGCUAGGAAGAGUUUAAGGCGUAUUCCAGUUUCCGAAUGGAAGCUCAAGUAUGACGGAAGGGAUCAGGGACGACGGUUGGCAGAGUUUCUCAAAGAAGUUAAGAUGCGGUGUAAAUCGGAGGACGUAUCCGACAGUGAGCUUUUUCGCAGCGCGAUCCAUUUAUUUGCCGGACGUGCUAAGGACUGGUUUAUGGAGGCCUAUGAAAACCAUGACUUCCACAGCUGGUCAGGGUUGAAAAGGGAACUCAAGCGAGAAUUCCUACCGCCCGAUUUAGAUUUUCAAAUUGAAAUUCAAGCCACCGGUCGUCGCCAGGCUCGAGGAGAAAAAUUCGUGGAUUACAUGCACGAUAUGCAGAAGCUUUUUCAGUCGAUGACGAAGCCGAUUUCCGAGCGGCGUAAGUUCGAAAUCAUAUGGCGUAACAUGAGAUUCGACUAUAAAAACGCUUUAACGGGAGCAGGGGUAAAAUCUCUUUCCAAGUUGAAGAAAUACGGGCGAAUUGUCGAUGAGAACAACUGGAAUAUGUUUCAGAAACCGAGUGAAAGCUCGAAUCGUCCCAAAACUCAUCAGCUUAAUGAGAUUUCAGCCACAAACAACUCGAAAUUUAAGCCAACUUCUAGUCAGGGCGACAACACGCGAACUUUCUUCAAAAGUAAGCCAAAGAGCAAAACCGACAAUGAAAAUAGGAAACAGGAGGACCAAAAAAGGGAUAAAGAGGAGAAGACAAACAAGAAGGAAGAUGCGAUGGAGGGGUCGUCAAAGGGAACUUUGAAAGCUUUAGCGGAGCGAUAUGUGCGCCCACCGAUAGGCACUUGUUACAACUGCCGGAAACAUGGGCACCAUUACGGGGAUUGUUCGGAAAAGCGACAGAAGUUUUGCAGGCUAUGCGGCUUCCUGGACGUCAUUACGCCGGAAUGCCCUUUUUGCCAAAAAAACGAGCAGAAUUCAGCUUGAGAAGG